AUGAAUCAGUGGAUUAAAGAAGAGUUGUCCAAAUGCUUGCAUUUCGAAGUACCGAAAGAAUUAAUCGCUUACAUCUACACCAUCCAGAGUGCUGACGAGAUCGAUGGCUACUUCAGAACACUGCUCGAUUACAACAAUCCUCAGCAUACGGCGUUUAUGCGCGAGCUGAAAAUUAAGCUAGGUCAUGCUACAUCUACCGAAGCAGGAAAUGUCAAGUCAGCAGCACAAGCACCAGCAUCCGGCAAGGGUAAACAGCAGACGAAGCAACAGCAAACCAAGUCAUCUAAAACAGCCACCGCAUCCGCAUCUACCGGUUCGUCGUCGACAGGUAAACCGUCCGCCCAGGAAUCCAGCUCCGGCAAGAAGAAAACCAAGUAUGUGAAUCUUUAUGGUCAGGAUGGAGGGUUGGCGGAUUUUGUACUUUUAAAAGGGCGCCAUCACUGUGAUUGUCAAGCGUCCAAGCAUCGGCUAAUAAACAACUGCAUACACUGUGGGCGGAUCGUGUGCGAACAGGAGGGUAGUGGACCUUGUCUGUUCUGCGGUAGUCUCGUAUGUACCGAGCAGGAGCAGCGGAUGAUCGAAAGCACUACCCGGAAGGGUGACAAUCUACGCCGGAGUCUGAUGGAGCAGAACCGACCAGCUGGCUGGGAGGAAGCUUUGGCGAUGCGGAAUCGUUUGCUAGAGUAUGACCGUAACAGCGAAAAGCGUACCACGGUGAUUGACGACGAGGCGGACUACUUCAAAACCCACUCGAUCUGGUUGUCGGACGCGGAGCGCAAAAAGCUUGCCCAACUGGAGGAAGAACUGCGCGAAAAGCGGCACGCUAGCAGGCUGGCUCGCAAGGUGACGCUUGACUUUGCCGGUCGACAAGUGCUGGAUGAGGCUGUGCUGUCGACGGAAGAUAUGGAGGAAAUCUUUCGUCAGGCAUCGUUGGUGGAUUCGCCACAAACCGAACGCGGUAAGGAAAAUAAUGAUCCUGGCCGGGUGGCGCACGAUAACGACGAUGUACAUCCGUCACUGUAUGUACCUGCACCAACGUUUAUCGACAGUACUCUUGAUGGAACUACUGUCCCGAGUACGAUGAGCUCUGCUUCCGGUUACGACGGUGUUUACAGUCGUGUGCAGGACAAAGAAUUUCUCGAAAUGUCUGAUUUGCGUCACUGUCUCUCGAUGCACCAACCCUGGGCGUCGCUACUGGUGGCUGGUAUUAAGCGUCACGAGGGCCGUACUUGGUACUCGUCGCACCGUGGUCGGCUGUGGAUUGCGGCUACGGCAAAACCUGUCUGUCCGGACACGGUGCAAGAGUUGGAGCAUUUCUAUCGCAAGCUGUACGAGGACGAUACGAUCCAGUUCCCUACCCAGUACCCGGCCGGAUGUUUGCUUGGUUGCGUUUCGGUGAAGGAUUGCUUACCUCAGGAAGAGUACCGGAAGCAGCACCCGAACGGAGAAUCUGACAGCCCAUUCGUGUUUGUGUGCGAAGAACCUCAGGAAUUACCGAUACGGUUCCCACUGAAGGGUGAUCAUAAGAUCUAUAUGCUGGAUUCCCGAAUUCAUCAAGCCGCAGUAAAAGCCUUACAGCGAUUAGCGAAACAGAACAAAGAGUUGGCAGAUUAA